AAGUUUCAUUCGUAUUAGAACAAACAUUUCAAAUUCGGCAAACAUUACAAAAUAAAAAAAAAAAUAAAAAAAUUUACUGUAUUGUAUUAACCAAUUUGAUUAUAAUGGCGCUUCGUCUUACAACCAUUACUCUUCUAAAACGCACUCCUUUAUUACUCGUGCCAAAGUUAAAAGCAGCACCGACAACACGCACUCUACUACUAAGAAGUCCUUUUCCAGGGAAUCUGGUACCGUUUUUAGAUGAUGAUCCUUGUGUGUUCUCAAGGAAGGCCAUCAUGCACCAUGGGGGGUGCGGUUGUCAGUUGCAGUUCAGCAGACCGGCUAGCAAGUGCGAGGCGUUUACCUUGUCCAACAAGAACGUGCUUUUCGUGGCCGGUCUGGGAGGCAUUGGUCUGGACACCAGCAAGGAGCUGCUCAAGCGGGACCUGAAGAACCUGGUGAUCCUCGACCGCAUUAAGAACCCGGCUGCCAUCGCCGAGCUGAAGGCACUCAAUCCAAAGGUGUGCGUCACCUUCUACCCCUACGAUGUGACCGUGCCCAUUGCCGAGACCACCAAGCUGCUGAAGACCAUCUUCGGCCAGCUGAAGACCAUCGAUGUCCUGAUCAACGGAGCCGGUAUCCUGGACGAUCACCAGAUCGAGCGCACCAUCGCCGUCAACUACACCGGCCUGGUGAACACCACGACCGCCAUCAUGGAGUUCUGGGACAAGCGCAAGUGUGGACCGGGUGGGAUCAUCUGCAACAUUGGAUCCGUGACUGGAUUCAACGCCAUUUACCAGGUGCCCGUUUAUUCCGGCACCAAGGCUGCCGUGGUCAACUUCACCAGCUCCCUGGCGAAACUGGCCCCCAUCACCGGCGUGACCGCUUACACCGUGAACCCCGGCAUCACCCGGACCACCCUUGUGCAGAAGUUCAACUCCUGGCUGGAUGUUGAGCCCCAGGUGGCCAAGAAGCUCCUGGCUCACCCCACCCAGCCCCCGUUGGCCUGCGCCGAGAACUUCGUGAAGGCGAUCGAGCUGAACCAGAACGGUGCACUCUGGAAACUGGACUUGGGCACCCUGGAGGCCAUCAAGUGGUGCAAGCACUGGGACUCGGGCAUCUAAAGAAGUGAUACUCCCAACAAACACCACACAUAACAUUAGUUCAUAGGGUUCUGCGAACCACCAGAUAUUCACGCAAGGCAAUAAGGCUGAUUCGAAGCACACUCACAUUCUUCCCCUAAUUCGAUAAUAAAACUCUCCAUAAGAAUAUGGAAAAAUAUA